AGAUUCUAGUUAAAUUAAGAUACUGUCUAGAUAUAGAUCUAGAUCUCAUCAUCUAGUCUUUUAAAUUUUAACAGACAUAUCUAGACUCUAGUGACUAGUCCAUGUCUACCCUUUAUUAACUUUAUAAUAUAGACAAUAUAGUCAAUAUUUAUAUAGAGUCUAGUCUCUAGAUCUAGCCGAUUCUAGCCAUACAUACUCAGAAUAAUCAGAUACUGUCUAGUCUAGUAGAUAAGUAGCUCGUAGACUCUAAUCUAAGUAACUAACAUAGAAUGAAUGAUAGAUCUAUUCUAGUUAACAUUAAACUUAAACAUACUUACAAUUACAUAGCCAUACAGGCAUACUCAAUACUGCCCAUAGACAUAGACGAUAGUCACAUACUUGACAUUGACCCAUAGUAUAGUCAUGGAUCUACUCACAUAGUCAUAGAGUUAGAGCUAGAGUAGAGUCACUAGAGACUAGAGUUGACUAGAGACUCAAAUAAAAAAUAAAAUAUAUUCUAGAUUGACUAGAUCUAGAUUCUAGAUCUAGUUUUAUAUUAGUUAGUAAAUUGUUGAACCAGUCAUUCAUUGACACGUGUUUAUAAAUAAACACAAGAACAAAAUGAAGACACAACGUCCAGAUGCACGAAUAGGAGAUUUAGUGACCAAAGAAAAGGAACCUCAUAUGCUGAAUAUAAAACUUGAUGUUUUUUAUAUGCUCUUAAAACAUCAAAUCUUGCGAUACCAGAGUCCUAUCAAUGGUCUAUUUCCUUCUAUUGGAUCUGACAAGAAUACAAAUAGAAUAGCUCAUGUUCGGGAUUCUAUUUACUGUGCAGUUGCUGUUUGGUCACUGGCUCAAGCUUAUAAAAAGAUUGAUGAUGACCAGGGCAGGGCUCAUGAGUUGGGCCAAGCUGCUGUUAAAACCAUGAGGGGUAUAUUGCAAUGUUGGAUACGACAGGCAGAUAAAGUAGAAAAAUUCAAAUCCAAUCAAAGUCCAGCAUAUGCCCUGCACUCUACAUUUGACCUUGUCACUGGUGAUCCAACUUACAGAGAUGAAGAGUAUGAACAUUUGCAAAUAGAUGCUGUUGCACUAUAUCUUUUGUUUCUAAGUCAAAUGAUUUCUUCUGGACUACAGGUGAUUUAUUCAACAGAUGAAGUCAAUUUCAUCCAGAAUCUAGUGUUUUAUGUGGAGAGAGCUUAUAGAACCCCUGACUAUGGGAUGUGGGAAAGGGGAAGUAAAUAUAACAAUGGAAGCACAGAGAUUCAUGCCAGUUCUAUUGGCAUGGCUAAAGCAGCUUUAGAGGCAGUCAAUGGAUGUAACUUAUUUGGUGAGCAUGGUGCCGCCUGGUCUGUGAUUUUUGUUGAUAUUGAUGCCCACAACAGGAACAGAACAAUAUUUGAAACUAUCUUACCCAGAGAAUCAAACUCUAAGAACACGGAUGCCUCUCUUCUGUUGACUGUAAGUUGGCCUGCAUUUGCCAUACAUGAAGAUGAGGUUAGAAUCAGAACAAUGGAGAAGGUCAUUCGCAAGUUAAAAGGCGACUUUGGUAUCAAACGUUUUCUUAGAGAUGGGUACAAAACAGUUAUAGAGGACAAAAAUAGAAAGUAUUACCGUCCUGCUGAAAUAAAGAAUUUUGAUGGGAUUGAAUCUGAGUGGCCAAUGUUUUUUGUUAUUUUAUUGAUAGACAGUAUUUUCAGAGGCAAUAAAGAUGAGCAGAAGUAUUAUCAAGGCCUGGUCAAUGGAGUCUUGUUUGAUUCUCCAGAUGGUACUGGUCAGUUGCUACCAAUGUAUUACUAUGUACCUAAACAAAAUGUGGAGCAAGAGAAAAUGGUUCCUGGUAGUCAAAAAAAAGUUCCAUCACCUGAAGGGACCACUGCUGGUGUCUUUAUGUGGGGCCAGAGUUUGCUGUUUAUUUCUAAACUUCUUCUUGAUGGCUUAUUGGGCAUAAAUGAUCUUGAUUGCAUCCGUCGGCACUUGCCUGCCACUGAGCGACCUACUUUUAGUGCACGCUAUUCCAAAUUUCAGGAUUUGAGUCAUUUUGUUAAAAAAUGGGACGAUUUAGAUUCAGGAAAGUUAAUUUCCAGGGACCUGAAAAGUGGAACAGCUCCAGAUCUGGUUAUUCAGAUUGUCCUUAUAUCUGAAACAUCUCGACUUCAGCAGCUACUCGGUACCUACGGGAUUGAGACUCAGACCCCUCACCAGAUUGAGCCAAUCCAGAUCUGGUCCCCAAAAGAACUGACCAAAGCCUAUGAAUACCUGGGCAUCAACAAGAAGCUGGGCAUCACAGGCAGACCAAGUCGACCUUUUGGUGUCCUCAGUACUUCUAAGGUUUUUCGAGCCUGUGGAAAGACAGUGUUGUGUUACCCACUUCUGUUUGAGCUGAGUGACUUCUACCUGGCUCAAGAUAUUUCCCUUGUAAUGGAUGAUUGUAAAAAUGAUCUGGCGUUUUUGGCUAAAUGCUGGAAACUAUCUGGACGUCCAACAUGGUGCAUGGUGAUCCGAGAAAAUGCUAUAAGGGGACAUAAUUUUGCUGAGUUCCUUGAACUUCUUUCCCAGUUUAAAAAAGGUGAUGUUGAUGGGAUCAGAGUGAGACUUGGCAGAUUGCAGUCUUUCAUUUCCUCGGCUGCUGUGGAACACUUGGACUUCUUAAACUUAUUGCCUGACCCAGGCAUAUUCACUCAGUUUGAAGAGAAGACAAUGAAAGCCAGUUUCAAGUCUUUGACAGAGAUCCCACAGUUAGUAGCUUUGGAAGAAGAGACCUUCAUCAACGAAGCUAAUUUACGCAAUAAGAGCAGCCAGGAUCUGAUGAACUACUUGGUAUCAGUGUCAGGUCUCAAUGCCCAAGUGACUCUGCUGAAGAUUCUGUACGAGAGAGAAGGUCCUUUCUUUUCUGUCGAUGGCAGCACUAUAAGUGAAAGGCUAGAACGGUUGAUUGACAGAGCUGGGGCUUACAAGAACUGGUGGGCAGUCCGCAUGUGCUCUGCACUGUUGGGCAAGUUAGUGGACAGUCUUGCCCCCUCCAUCACUAGCAUGCUGGUCAGAGGGAAACAGAUGACAGUAGGUGUGUUUGGUCAUGAAGAAGAAGUGUUGGACAAACCAAUCAGCCCCAAUGAAUUAAAGAACAUUGUCUACUCCAAAUGUUUACCCCAUGACGUCUGCCAGGCUGUCUUACAACAGGAACUGAUUCUUGCUAUUGGGAAGCUGAUAGCUACGUCCCCAGAGUUGUUUGAUGGCAUCUUGAAGAUCAGAAUUGGAUGGUUUGUCCGAGCCAUGCAAGUCGAACUACAAUCAGAGAAAGAGGAAGAUAAAAGUGAGCUCAGCCGUUUGUCGCCACACCAGGUCAAAUGUAUGGUCUGGUCAGUGCUCACGAAGAAUACUGUUGAAGCCGACUUUAGAACGCCCUUUCAAAAACGGCAGUUAGAUGGAGCACUUAACAGAGUGCCUAAAGAUUUUUACGACAAAGUAUGGCAAAUUUUAGAAAAGACUCCAGGAGGCAUAAAAGUAGCAGGCUAUCUACUUCCACAGCAACCCACCCAGUCAGACAUGACCAUGUACGAACUCAACUUCUCCUUAUUAGUGGAACAGAUGUUGAGUAAAAUCUCUGACCCAUCUUACCGUCAGUUGAUGGUUGAGGCAUUCAUGGUAGUGUCAACCAUCUUAGAAAGAAAUCCAGAGCUCAUGUUUCACCAGUCUGCCAACAUGGACAAGAUUAUUCAAGAAGCGUAUGAAGACUUCCAACAAGAUUUGAAUCGAAUGGAAGGAAGAGAGAAACAAGACGACAUGCACAGAUUUUACAACACACCACCCAAUGUCCGCUACGGCACCACUGCAUAUAUAGCCAAGGCUGUUAUUAAAAAUCUUCUGGAUGGUGAUUUGAGGGUAGUUUCUGAAGAUCUGUGCUCCAUUGCUUAGAACCAGAUUGUGUAGUUCCACUGGAAAGAUUUGCUUCAUACCCUAGACAAAAUGCUUGCUCCACAGUCAAGAAUUGAAUGGAUUGCUUUUCAAGACCUUAGCUCCUUAGCCUAAAAUAGUGUAUUCAGAUUUUUCUUUUGCAUUUGUUCCUAUUUAGAUUUAGUAUUUUUUUUACUUUUGGAAAAGAAUUUUCACAAAACAUUAAGUUUUGACAAAAAAAAAAUUUUUUGUCUAAAAUAAUUUUAGUGAUCCUUUGUGUGAACAUUUUUUGCAACACUGUUGUAAGUCCUGACUCUGUGCUAAAGCAACAAUGUUUUCCCUCUACUUUUGGUUGUGUUCAUAGUGUAUCACAUGGUAGCAUGAAGGAAACACACAUGCUAGGGAAUAAAGUGUCAUGAUAAAAGGUUUAGUUAUAUAACAAUCUUUUGUGAAACAGAGGUAUAUAGUGUACACAUGUCCACUUCAAUUCUUAGAAGACAGCUAUAGAACAGCAUCACUUGACUGCCUAUACAUUUGUACAUGUGACUAAUAAUAGAACAUUGCCUUUGAGUCCUAAGAUUAAAAAAGAUUGCUGUAUUUUUAUGAGGAUAUGCAGAUCGUGCUGCGAUUGACAUAGUUUGUCAUAACUAAUACAAACUACCUGAUUAGGGUUGAUUUUAUUUGCUAUCUGGGUCUGUCUUCACCAGUAGUUGUGUAACUGGUAUGACAUAAAAUGAAAGGUUUCUGGUUUCAUUUCUUAUGCAUGAGGCUUUUUUUUUUUUGUAUGCUAGAAACAAAUAGUAACUUAAGGUGUGUUGAACAACUUAUGGGUACAUCAGGCAGUACAGACUUCAGGAGGAAAAGGUUUUCAUACUAAGUUUGAAUAAUGAAUAAAUGUUCACUGGUUUAAUGUCUGGUACACCUGUAUGUCAUAGCAAACAUUUGGAAGGGAAGAAAGUAUCAGGCUACAUUUCUGGUUUGAAUAAUGACUACAUUUAAUCAAUCUUACCUACCUGGUACUGGUAAUUGAAUUUUUUUUAAUGUUCUAAUUUUUAAGAAUUAAGUUAUUCUAUAUGCUGAAGUAAUCCAAAGUCACUAAUUAUCUCCUUUUCUAAUUAGUUUAUUUAUAUCUAAUAAGGCUUCUAUGCCCGUUACUAUUCGGCGUUUUACAACAUACCAUUUUUCACAGAGGUUGUUUUUUUUUUUUUUAGUUUUCUACUAUAAAUAUCUAUAAACAAAUUGAAAUGAGAUCAAAAGUGUUCACAACAGAAUGGCUGUAUAUAUAAAAGAAGCAAAAGCGACUGAUAGGGUUGCAACUAAUAAUAUACUUGUUUAUGCCAUUGGCGUCUGUAAUAUUCAAAGCUCUAGUGAAAAAAAUAUAUGCACUACAAUGUUGCUCUAAGCCUGUAAUUGUAGAGAGGGAUGCUUCUUGGAAAGUUGGAGUGAGAUUCUAUUUGAAAUGUUUGAGAUGCUUCUUUUGGAAGUUUUGAGUGUGAUAUUACUUGCAGGAAUAUUUGAAAUAAAAUAUUUCUGAUUGUUUAAAUUUCUAUCAACAUUUUGUGUGUGUUUAUUUUUAUUAGUGCUUGCUGUGUUACACCGUGCUACCUACAUGUAAUGUUUUGGUUGAAAACUUUCAACCAAGUGAACUAUUUCUUAUUGAUGACCUUGACUUACAGGUAGAUGACAUUUAAACAAGAAUGAAAAGCUGUAUCUGAUAUUUGCAUAUACCAAUGUGAUAUUGUUUCUAUACCAAAAUUGUUCUGUGUAUAUAUCUGAAAUUAAACUUUUUGUUUCCCUGACAAA